UUCCGGAAGGGACCUCGCGACGGGAAGCAGCAGCAGCAGCAAGCUAGUCAAGACUUCGGAUCAUUCCCUCUUGGCCACGUUGUACAAUAUAUGUUUUAAUUUCUGUCAUACAUUAUGUCUGUACUGUGUUAUAAUAAAGGAUGUGGACAACGGUUUGAUCCUGACAAGAAUUCAGACGACGCAUGCACAUACCACCCAGGAGUGCCAGUGUUUCAUGAUGCAUUGAAGGGCUGGUCUUGCUGCAAGAGACGAACAACUGACUUUUCGGAUUUCCUCAGUAUUGCUGGGUGUACGAAAGGCCCUCACAACCAGGAGAAGCCCUCUGAGCCUGUUAAACCAGAAGUGAAGUCCUCCGUGGACAAGAGUGUGAAUGAUGUGAAGCCAAAGUUUAAUGAAUGCAUCACCCAAGCACCAAAACCUCUAGAGUCUAUUCGGCGACCAAGUCCAGAUGAGCCUUUCUCCGUUCUACAGCAGAAGAUCUCUCCUUCGCUCAAACAGGCUUUAGAAAAGCUUAAAUUAACUGAGGAAAAUGCACAGGAGAUAAAGGAGGAGGAUAGUGAUGAAAUUAAGAUAGGGACGUCCUGUAAGAAUGGAGGCUGCAGUAAGACGUUUAACGGACCAGACAGUGAUGAAGAGACAUGUUUGUAUCAUUCUGGUGUACCUAUCUUCCAUGAAGGGAUGAAAUAUUGGAGCUGCUGUAAGAGGAAAACCUCAGACUUCAACACGUUUCUGUCUCAGGAGGGCUGUACCAGAGGAAAGCAUCAGUGGAAGAAAAAAGAUACCGGAAAGAAAGUUGUGCCGUGCAGGUUUGAUUGGCACCAAACAGGAAGUCAGGUCAUCAUUUCCAUUUAUGCCAAAAAUGCAGUACCAGAGCUGAGCUUAGUGGAGGGGAACAGUACUGUGCUCAAAAUCCACAUUAUAUUUGAAGGAGAGAAAGAAUUUGAACAGCACAUCAGUUUGUGGGGGGUAAUUGAUGCAAGUAAAAGUUUGGUGAACAUGAUGGCUACCAAAAUUGAGGUCGUGUUGAAGAAGGCAGAACCGAUGUCAUGGGCCCGACUAGAUCUUCCACCUGUAGCUCCACCAAAGGAAAAAAAGGAAAAAGAUGAUAGUGAAGAUGAAUGUGAUUAAGAGACUAACUAUUGCUCUGAAUAGCGAUUUUUUUUUUUUUUUUUUUUUUUUGGGAUUGUAAAGGCUAAAUGAAGCAUGAAUGAAUUAUAAAUUUUGAAAGCUCUUCAUGUAUGUCCAAGGUUAAAUUCUAUUGUACAGGGCAUGUGUAGAAGGUUUUUUUUAAAAAAAAACCUAGUUACACAAUACAAUAUUUUGUUUCAGACCAAA